AUGGUUGCUAUUCGGGAUUUCAAUGGCGACGGAAUACUUGAUUUUGUCGUUGUCAAUGGUAAUGGAAAUACUGUAAGCGUACUCCUUGGAGUCGGGAAUGGGCGUUUCGGAUCGCAAACAACAUUCCCAACUGGUCUUAGCCCAUUCUCAAUCGCUGUCGGUGAUUUUAAUAGCGAUGAGCGGCUAGAUCUUGCCGUUGUCAACAAAGGUGACAACACCAUGAGUGUAUUAUUUGGAACUGGUAGUGGAAGUUUUGGACCGCAAAUAAUUUACGCCACUAAUCCCUCCCCAUUCUAUAUCGUUGUCGGAGACUUGAAUGGGGAUAGCCGAUUAGAUCUUGUUGUUGCGAACUACUAUUCGAGCAAUGUGGGUGUGUUUCUUGGGGUUGACAAUGGAAAUUUCGGACCACAAACAACAUAUCCCACUGUCGGUACUCCAACCUUCAUUGGUAUCGAUGAUUUCAAUGGUGAUGCUCAUUUAGAUCUUGCCAUUAUCAGCUACAACUGGGCCACAGUAAGUGUGCUACUUGGAACCGGUACUGGGGCUUUUCGAUUACAAACAACGUUUUCAACUAGUUUUGCGCCGUACAGCCUCGCUAUCGGUGAUCUUAAUGGCGAUGGUCGAGUAGAUCUUGUCCUCGGUAGCAUCAAACCCUUGCUGUACAGCGUGGGUGUAUUUUUUGGCAACGGUAAUGGAUCUUUUGGAUUACAAACUACGUUUUCUGGUGGGUCGACUUCUAGACCGGCAUGGAUCACUAUUAGCGAUUUCAAUGGUGAUGGUAUAACAGAUAUUGCAGUCUCCAACUAUCUCUCCUCAAUACCCAACGUUGGAGUGCUCCGUGGAACCGGUAAUGGAUCUCUUGUAUUACAAACCACAAUUGCAACUGGAUCUAGUUCUUCAUUGACUGGAAUUGCUGCCGCUGAUUUCAAUAACGAUGGCCGACUAGAUCUUGUUGUGUGCGAUAAUAGUGCAAAUAAACGUGUGAACAUUUUUCUCAAUACAUGUACAUGA